AUGGCCGCUAAGUUGAUCAUCUUCGCCGCAUGCGUGGUUUCAGCCAUCGCUCAAUACCCCGCCCCAGCCUACAAGCCCGCUUACCCCGCCGCUUACCCAGCACCCGCUUACUCAGCACCAAAGGCUUACGCCCCAGAGCCCGCCUACGCCCCGGCCCCAUACAACUUCGAAUACAGCGUAAACGACCCAACCACCUACGACGUCAAGAGCCAAUCCGAAUACGCUGACGGCAACGGUUACGUCAAGGGAUCCUACAGCCUUUUGGAAGCCGACGGUUCCACCCGCGUCGUCGAAUACACCGCCGAUGACUACAACGGUUUCAACGCCGAAGUCAAGAAAAUCGACGGAGGAUACAAGGCCCCAUACAGCGCACCGGCCUACAAGCCCGCCUACCCAGCUGCACCAGCUUACCCAGCACCAGCCUACCCAGCACCGGCCUACAAGCCAGCCCCAUACAAGCCAGCUUAUUAA